AUGAACAAACUGGAUAAAACACAAGAGGGGCAGACCCUAUUAGACGAUGGAAACAACUACACAUCCCUCGAAGACCCCAUGGCAGGGGCAACUUUCCAAAAAGUGAAACAAAUAGUCGAAGAACUACAUCAGGGAAGUUUUAUUGACGAAAUGACUGUUAAAUGGUUAUCACAGACACCUAACCCACCCAGAAUACCUGUCUUCUACACUCUCACAAAGAUUCAUAAGCCAACUCCUGUUGGCCGUCCUAUAGUGGCAGGAAACGACGGACCCACCGAGCGAAUAUCAUCAUUCGUUGACAGCCUACUUCAGCCUAUAGCUAAGUCACAAAAGUCCUAUCUUAAGGACACAACUGACUUUAUUAACUUCAUAGAAAGGAGAAACCUCCCAGGGGACGUUUUCCUAGUCUCCUUAGACGUUACUAGCCUGUACACAAAUAUCCCACAGGAAGAGGGAAUAAACACAGUAUGCAAAGCAUACCAGACUUUCUACGGGGAAAACACCCCCAUCCCCACACAAUCCCUCAGAAGAAUCCUUAAACUUAUUCUUCAAGAGAACUCAUUUGAAUUCAACGGCAAAAACUAUCUCCAAACACACGGAACCGCAAUGGGUACAAAGAUGGCAGUCGCCUUUGCCAACAUUUUUAUGUCGGCGGUAGAGACAGAAAUACUGAACCUCAGUAAAACUAAACCUCUUGAGUGGAAAAGAUACAUUGAUGAUAUUUUCUCAUUGUGGAAAACUGAUAGAAAGGAGAUAGAUGAAUUCAUUGCUCUUGCAAACAGGCAUCACCUUUCAAUUAAAUUUACGGCUGAAAUAUCUGAUAAAGAGAUUAACUUUCUGGAUACAACUGUUUACAAAGGCGAGAGAUUUCACACCCAAGGAAUCCUUGACAUCCGCAUACAUUUUAAACCUACAGAGACUUUUCAAUACACGCAUUUCUCUCAUAAAGGUCUCAUAAAGGGCAAAGCCCUUAGACUUCUGAGAACUAUCUCCUCAGCUAAAUCCUUCUAUGAAAACAUUUACAACUUCAAAAAACGCCUUCGCGCUAGACGUCACCCUCACAAACUCAUAGAAAAAACACCUCUGAGGUUAAAUUUAUCGAACGGAAGUCAGUUUUGCAAAAGAACAAUGAAGUGCGAAAGAAAAUUCUGCCUUUCGUUACCACGUACCACCCUGCUUUGCAGAACCUUAAAAACAUUUUAA